CAGAAAGAUGGCUCUCGAGAUAUUUACGGUAUUCCUUGGGCUGUGUUUGGCUUCCGCGUUUCUGCUCAUAUUCAGGAGCUUUUAUUCGUCAAAGCGCCGAGGAGAAGCCACUACUGUGGUGGUUUCGAAGCUGCCGAAAGGGAGCAGGGGAUGGCCACUGAUCGGAGAAACUCUCAGUCUCCUCUCUCCCCACAGAUCAAACUCUCCAGGCACCUUCUUGCUAGAACAUUGCUCCUGGUACGGGAAGAUUUUUAAGUCGCACUUGUUCGGGUCCCCGGCCAUCGUGUCAUGCGACCUCGAGUUCAAUGUCUCCAUCCUCCAGAACGAGGAGAAGUUGUUCCAGGCAUCAUACCCUAAGGCGAUGCACGGGAUUCUGGGGAAGCACUCGCUGCUGCUGGUAUCCGGGGAGCAACACAAGAAGCUCCGGAAUGUGGCAGUCAGCUUCAUCUCUGCCUCCAAGGCAACGGCCGAUUUCCACCGCUGCUUGGAGGAGCUGUGCACCGCCAUGAUGGAGUCGUGGAAGGGGCGCAAGGAAGUAUCCUUCCACAAAGAAGCCAAAGAGUUUACGAUGAGCUUGAUGGUGAAGACACUUCUGAGCAUAAAGCCGGGGGACGUGAUAGGCUCGAGGAUCCUCGAAGACUUCUUAACCUACAUGAAAGGAUUUGUCUCUUUGCCUCUCUAUUUUCCUGGAAGCCCCUACGCUAUGGCAGUCAAGGCCAGAGCAAGGCUGUCUUCGACGGUGAAAGAGAUCAUGAAGGAAAGGAAGAACAAAUGUAUAAGCUCAUCAGGAGAUGAUCAGAAUAGGAUCAGCGAUGAUCAUAGUGAAGGAGUCGGGGAUUUCUUGGACGUGAUAAUGGGGAAGGAAGGGUCGAGGUGGGGGCUAAGCGAUGAAGAGCAAGUGAGCAUCGUGCUGGACAUAUUGCUCGGUGGUUACGAGACGACUGCCACCCUCAUGUCCCUCCUCGUCUACUUUCUUGCCCAAUACCCCAUUGCCCUCCAAACCUUGAAGGAAGAACACCAAGCAAUAAGGCGAAGCAAACAGGACGGAGAACCCUUGAACUGGGAAGAUUACAAUCAAAUGCAGUUCACUUAUAAUGUCAUAUGUGAAACUUUGAGGUACGGGAAUGUAGUCAAAUUUGUGCACCGGAAAGCAAUCCGAGAUAUCGAGUACAAAGGGUUAUGCAUACCCGCGGGAUGGAAUGUUCUUCCAAUGUUCACGGCUACUCAUUUGGAUCCGGACCUUCACACAAACCCUACGGAGUUCGAUCCCUGGAGAUGGAGCAAAGACAAAGGGACGCACAAGAAAGUAACGCCGUUCGGAGGGGGGGCUCGACUCUGCCCAGGUUACGGACUCGCCCAAGUAGAGCUUGCCUUCUUCCUUCACCAUCUUGUUCUUAAUUACCGGUGGAAGAUCAAAGGGGAUGAGAUGCCGCUUGCUUACCCUUACGUGGAAUUCAAGAGGGGCUUGCUUUUGAAGAUUGAGCCAAUUAAUAAUUCAAUUAAUUAAUAACUAGUCAUUCUAGCUAGUUAACAGUUGUUCACUUUACAUUGCAUAAAACGAAAUCAAUAAUUAGGAAAAAUUAGUUCAAUUAAGAUGAAACCUUAAUUAAUCCCACCAAAUUGCAAUAUAUAUAUUAUUCAGCAUUCUGAAUGAUGAUCAUUCUAUUCUAUCAUAUGUUGAUUGUAAUAAUAUUACUCUCCGUCAAGGACAUAAUUUAGGCAUUAAAAUUACGAUUAAAUUAAUGAUAAGAACAUGUUUGAGUUCGUUCAACUGAAAAUUCAGUCACUCCA